CGUGAUGACUUAAUGCCAUUGGGAGGGGGCGCUGCUGCCAGGGCCUUCCUCUCCCUUUCCAAGAGGGUGCACCCCCUUUUUCCUGGGUCCAGCAUACAGUGAGUACCCAUGGAUGCCCAGUAUCCAUUACGCCCUGGCGCAGUAUCCUGUGCCAGUGCUCCAGGCUGCCCCUCUUUGACCUGUGCUGAUUGUUACAUGUGGCUUGUGCAGGUGGGCUGGGCAUCACACCACCCCUUCAGGUGCCGCAUAGGGGCCUCUUCCUGCAUAUGUGGACUAACUCCCCGGGGACCUCCAGGGCUAAAUGCGCAAGCAACUGAGCGACAGAGCUGAGGCUGCUUAGCUUGGGCUGUGGUAGAUCCUCCUGUGUGGCUUGGCACGGGUGAGGGGGCCCGUAACACACCCUCGCUCUGUGCAUCUCUGUUGCCGUUACCCAGUAACUAACCAGCCCUGUGAUAUUUCCGUUGUGGAGCAGCAGAGCCAACCUCAAAGCUGUUCUAAGUAAAACAAGGCUGAUCUGAGCAAAGCUGCAGCUACUCCCCUAGCUGGGCUUGGAGCAGCUGAAGGUAGUGGUGUGGGGAAGGCAUGUGAGAUACCUUGGCAGGGCAUGCCCCCUUGUGUGUGGGGAACACUAUUGCUGCCCUAGCAUUAGCUGGCAGGGAAUGUCUGGAGCUAGGGGUGCCUGCAGGAGGCGCUGUGGCAUUGGAGCAGGGAGUGAUGCGUUAUGUCAUGUCCCAGAAAAUGGGCCUUGGAGAAAAUUCCCUUUGUUCUGUAAACAGGAUGCCAGUGUCCCUCCCUGUGACUUUUCAUCCUUCAGCCACGAGCUGUGCACCCCACCCUCGCAGGCUUCCGCCUGCCCUGGUCCUCAGGAUACAGAGAUUUCCCCCUUUAGUUCCUUGGAUCUGAUCUCUGCACAUGGGAAACACGCUCCACCCUGAUGCACACCCAUGUUCCCACAUCCUGUCGGAGAGUAGCCGGGCUGGGUUUUGUAAGCCUCUGCCUAAACUGCUGUAGGCCUGGUUGCAGAGCAGAGCUUCCCACCCAUGGAAUUACAGUUGUGGACAGAGAACAGUGCUAGUAACUUGCACUUAAUGCAUUGUUUCCCAAAGGCUACAUGGAUGAGGCAAAAUCCACAUGACCCAACCUCCUUCCCAGGCUCAGGGGCAGCCAGACGUUGGGCCGGGGGCAGCAGUCCUUGUUUAACAGAGAACAUUACAACCAUAGCAUGCAGGAGUUUGAAGCAACUUUGCACUUCCUGUCCUAAAUGUGACCUGGGAAGACAAGCAGAAUACUAGGCAUUGGCUCCAUUUUUUGGGGGGGGAGGGGGGACUGCUUCUGUAGGAAGAACAGGAAUGUGCAGUUGUCUCCCCUGCUUUUGCUGGAGAUGUCCCUGGAAGACUCGAGAACUGGGGUGUGACUAAGUGGGGAUUUUCCCUUGUUAUGUUGUAUGUGAGUCUUACUGUUUUGCAUGAAUGCUGUGUGCCUCAGUUUCCCUGUGUAUUGUACCAAUGUCUGCUGGUGGGAAUAAGGGUGUUUGACUUUUGCGGAGGCUGCUCCAGCUGCCUGUACGGAUGCCAUGGCCACCUCUUCUUAACCUGAGACCCAGGAGGGGGAUGCAACUAGGUGACUCUUGGCCCAGGAAACGAGACAAAGGCUGGAGGAGGAGCAACAGGCAGGGCAGGGGCCAGGCAGCUGGAAGAUGAGCAGAUUGACUGGGAGAAGCCGGUUCUGACCCAAGCCGAGAUCGAGCAGAAGAUAAAGGAAUACAACAGCCAGAUCAACAGCAACCUCUUCAUGAGCUUGAACAAAGAUGGCUCCUACACUGGCUUCAUCAAGGUGCAGCUGAAGCUGAUUCGGCCUGUCUCAGUGCCAGCCAGCAAGAAGGCGCCCUCCAUUCAGGACGUCAAUAAGGCACCGCGCUCCCAGGUGGUGACGCGCCGCACGUCCUUCUACCUGCCCAAGGACACGGUCAAGCACCUGCACAUCAUCUCCCGCACCCGCGCCAGCGAGGUCAUCGAGGCCCUGCUCAAGAAGUUUAUGGUAGUCGACAACCCCCGCAAGUUCGCUCUCUUUGAGCGAGCUGAGAAGGAUGACCAAGUGUACCUGCGGAAGCUCUCAGAUGAGGAGCAGCCUCUGCAUCUCCGGCUGCUGGCUGGCCCCAACGAGAAGGUCCUCAGCUUUGUUCUGAAGGAGAACGAGACCGGAGAGGUCAAUUGGGACGCCUUCAGUAUGCCUGAGCUGCACAACUUCCUGCGCAUCCUGCAGCGCGAGGAGGAGGAGCACGUCCGGCAGAUCCUGCACAAGUACGCCCGCUGCCGCCAGAAGAUGCAGGAGGCACUGACUACCCGCACCCCGGGCUGAGCCACUCUGUCCCAGACCUGACACUCCAACCGACACCAGGUGGCUAGGAGAAGAGGAGGCGAGGCGAGGCGGAUGUGGACGGAUCUGCUCCAGGACUAUGCUUGUGGGUCGGGAGCUCCCCUGCGUGGGUGCAGGGAGGUGGGGGGGGGAGUGUGGGAGGGGGUGGCGGAGGAAUAGGCUGUGGGUGUCUCCCCCGCAGGGGCCCCCAGUGCGGUGUGAGGCACAAGUGUGAGCGAUGGAGGGGCUGUGUGGAAGGGGACAUUUCCCUAGGGGGGUGGGGUGAACUGCCCCCCCAUCAUGUGUGCAUAUAUGUGGGGCUGCUGGGUCACUGCUGGGAUGGCUGCUUCUGGCUGCGCCUUGGGGAGAGGUAGGGUGGUAGAGCCAGUCUGGGUUCAUCCUCCUGCCAGGGCCUGUGGCUCCAUUGGGCCUAGCCGUGUCCGGGGAUAGAUGGAGGCUCAAUGUGGGCCUUAAUGGCAGCCCCUGAAUCCUGUUCCCCAUUCCUGGGGGGGGGGAAGCAAUGGACUCAGAGAGUGGGAGGGCCCUUGAUCCACUCAGCCCUGCCCUGUGGCUCAUUAAGCAGGACAGCCAAGACUGCCUGAUGUAGCAAGACCCUAGUUCCCUGGACAGGUGCAGCCACAGGGUGCUGAGCUGGCAGGCAUGAGGACUCUUGAUCCAGCUGUGCUUGGGGCUGUCUGUGGAGCAAGCGCAAGGGAAUUGCUUCAGGGACCAGUGCAGCCCUCAUGACCCUGCAUCGGUUUUUCUGUUACCAAAGGUGGCCUCGGUAGAGGGCAGCAUCCAAAGGAAGGCCAGGAGAAGGAGCUCAGGGGACCACAUGGGGCAACCCCAUCGCCAAGUGUAGCCUCAAUGGAGCUGGUGCCAGGGAUGGGUCUGCCCCCAUGGGUAUCCUGGAGAAGAAGCCCCGGGCUCUGUUGCCUGGCAAGGUCCAUCAUGUGAAUGGAGGGAUGGCACCCAGCAAGCUCAGUGAAUCCUGGCGGGAGCAUGGGCAAAUAGCAACAGCAAGUAGCUAGCAUUGGAGUGAGAGAGGUGGUAGCCCUAGCCUUGGACAGGCCCUAACCCUUCCCUGGAGGAGCAGCAGGCCCUCUGGUGCCGAGGGAGCUGGGGCACUGGUGCAGGACUGCUAAGCUGCAGUGAAGCAACCGAGCCACUCCCCAUGAGCGUGUGGGACCUGAGGCCAUGCGAAUGUAUCUGAGAGGCUGCCUGCUUUGCAGGGGGGCCUCGCUUGGGGAUUUGAGUUUUUCAGUGAAUGUUUUUGAACUUGACUCUGUCGAAUGUCCCGAGCUUCGAGGGGGGCCGCGCUCCCUGGAGGCUCGGCCUGUGCAUGGUGCUGGCUCUGUGUGGAUCAAUAAAUGAUUUGGGGCAAGGC